AUGCGACCUACCCGCCCGCGGAUCAAGAUCCGGGUUCCCAAGAAAGCCGCCACCUUGGAUCUUGGUGAAACAUGGACAGAUCAUUUGCAGCCUGCUCUAAGACAUAUUUAUGACCGGAAUCCCUAUCUUCUUUCUUUUGAGACGCUAAAUAAUGCUGUCUAUCGCUUGGUCAACCAGCAGCACGGCAGAGCGCUUUAUCGCCGGUAUGGUGACGAUCUUCGCGAGUAUUUGGUGACUUCUAAAGCCGAUGGUGCCUUGGAAAAUACAUCAGGCGAUUUAAUAAGUUAUAUUGCUCGCUUAUGGACCGACUUUGUCUUCAGUAUGAAACUAGUCGGUGACAUUCUUCGGUACCUCAAUCAGAGCUACUGUAAAGAGGCGGAAGUGGCAUCAGUAGAACAGCUUGGAGAAGUGAUUUUCCGCGACAAAAUACUCAGACUUGAAAUCCCAAACCAGGUUGACAAAAAACUUGAAAAUGUUCUUUUUGACCAGGCAAUCGCAGCUAUCAACGCUGAGCGCCGGGGCGGACUCCCCGACUCGGGCGCGCUAAAAAAGGUGAUUGAGAUGCUUUUGAGUAUACCAUUCGAAGAAUCAGGUCUCAGUGAUUGCAUGUACGUUGAGCAAUUAGAGCCAAUGAUUAUCCAAAGCACUGUGGGCUUCUAUGCACCGGAGGUGGACAAGUUGAUAGAGACAUCGACACCUCCGGAACAAAUUUUGGAAGAGAUUGACGGGUGGCUAUGUCGCGAAAAGUCCCGAGGAGAACGUUAUUUACCCCGAUCUACGCGUGAAAGUAUUCAAUCAGUUCUUGAAACGCGAAUUGUUGCAGAUGCCGUACCUCGAAUUGUUACGUCCCCUAUUGUUGCCACGUGGAUGGAAGCGUCGGAAAUGGAACUUAUCAAGCUUGCUGCAAAUCUGGAAAAGACUACAAACAACGCGACUAGUAUCAUUGUGGAUAGAAUCAAAGAAUGGGCCCAAUCAACUCAAUCAGCGAUCAACCAGUCAGCCUUGUCCUCUUACACCGGAAAAGGUGCGAUUCCCAUCGUCAAAGAGUGGGUAGAUAAAACUCUCGUUUUAUACAAUUCCAUUCAUAAUGUCGGCGAGGAGAUUUAUCAGGUUUUCGAGGGCAGGGUGAACGCCACUACUACUGUGAUCUCUGGCUGGGCGGAUGAGUUCAACAAAUUCGAUACGACUGCAGUCCAAUCAAAGCAAAAUAUUACCAGCUCAGAAUUCCUGGCUCAAUAUCUUGACGAUAUUUUGAAAAAGUCUCCAAAAACUCGAUCAGAGCCAGAUAUGGAGUCUGCUCUUUCUAAUACUGCUGUGUUAUACGAAGCACUCAUGGAUAAGGACAGGUUCAACAAGGACUACCGACUGUUACUUGCUCGUCGACUACUGAAUAAUCGUAUCCAAAGUGAUGAGCUUGAAUCGGUAUUUGUUGACCGGAUGCGAAGAAUUAGUGGCCCUUCAAGCACUGCUAACAUUGAAAACAUGUUCAAGGAUAUGCAGAUCUCCAAAGAGUUCAAUCAGAAGUUCAGAAAAGCGUUUAGCGGUGUUCCUACACAGGUCAAUGUUGUGCGCAAUAACUUUUGGCCGUCGUCAGUCACAAAAGAAAAGGUCGUCUCUUUACCCCCAACUCUCGACGAGGCCAAGCAUGCUUUUGAAGAUUAUUACUUGUCUCAAACUAGUGGCCGUAAACUGCGUUGGAACAUGAGCUUUUGUACUGCUGAACUAACCCUUAGAGUGCCCGCUGGCAUUUACUCUUUGACGGUAAAUGUUGGUCCGCUAGCUGUCCUUAUGUUAUUCCAAGGCGGCGAGCGCUUGACCAUCCAGGAAGUUAGUGAGAGAACUCAUAUCGAGUUUGCAGAGCUAGAGCGCAUUAUACCGCCACUCGUAUUUGCCCCCAAAUCUCAGUUGUUGCGAAAGACCCCCAACGACCGAAAGAUUCUUCCUUCCGAUACCCUCUUUUUCAACACAGAAUUCACCUCACAAACACCACGUAUACGUAUUAUGAACGUUAGUGGCACAUCGAAAGCAGAGUCCGACCGGCAGCGUAAAGAGGUCUCUGCUGAAGUCCAGGGCGACCGUAGCAUGGCCGUUCAAGCGGCAAUUGUGCGCGUGAUGAAGGCAAGAAAAGAAAUGAGCCAUGCAUUGCUAGUUGAGCAGGUCUCUCUUAUACUUUCCAAACAAUUUCGCGCAUCACCGGGAUCCAUAAAACGUGAGAUUGGUGAACUAAUAGACACUGAAUACCUUCGACGUUCAGAGGCGGAUCCCUCUGUAUACAUAUACAUAUCAUAA